ACAAAUUACGCAUGCGCAGUAGUCGGCGCUUUAAAACAAGUCUUGAGGAGGGAACAUGAAGGCACUUGCAGGUGGAGUUACACUCGAGGACAGCAGCUGCUAAGUUUUCAUGGGAGGUAGCUGUGAAAUGCAUCGCCGAGGCGUUGCAGGAUGAAAAGUCGUCGUGGUCGCCAUGACUCUGAGAGCCACACUGUUUCCAAACACAGGAUUCAAGCAGGACGCGGACACCGUCGACUUUGACAAAACGCAGCAUUUCGGGGCCUCCGCCGGGAGUCCCGUGAGCCUCAAGAAGGAGCCCUGCGACUUUGUUAUAGAUGUUCAAGACGUGCAGCGGGGCGAGAUCCCGAGCAAAUCAAAGGACUUAGACCAGAAAUACAUGACAAGCAAAGUUUCCCUCGCUGCCACAGUUGCAGGAGUAGUUCAAGGUGACAAUAAAACUGUGGGGAUAUUGUCCCCUGUCAGACAAAUGGGGGGUGAGGGAACCCCAGUGAAAGGUAAACCCCUCUCUGCUGACAACAUGGAAAACCCUCAGAUGGCUGUGAACAAUAAUCCUAAGGAUGCCGGUGCAGAUGACAGCGUGAAGGGGCUUGUCCCAGGAGUCCUUGGCACUGCAUCCAUUGAACUUUCCUCUGAGGGCAAGUGGAGGAACAUCAGGAAGACCCCUGCUAAUCCCCACACACAGGCCAACUGCCUCCGACAGAUUCUCCUCCUGCAACUGGACCUCAUUGAACAACAGCAACAACAGCUGCAGUCCAAGGACAAGGAGAUAGAUGAGCUCAAAGCAGACAAGGAGACGCUUCUUGCACGCAUUGAACGCAUGGAGCGUCGCCUGCAGCUCACAAGGAAGGAUCCGCCGCGUGACAAGCGCCUUUUCCAGCCCCUGGAGCCAUGGACCCCUGACAAGGAGGACAUGUGGGAUCUGGAUGUAGAGGAGAGUCAACAGCCAAACUCAGCCACUCCACUCCCCUUUAGUCGGGGUGGCAAAGGUCAAAAGAGAAAAUCCUGCUUUGGAGAUGCAAAAGUCCAGAAAUCACGUGGCAAAAGUGCCAAGCUUAGCCCCCAGAAGCCUGAGAUUCAGCCUGGCUCGCCCAAUCAAAGAGAGCUGCGCAGUAAGGAAACCCCAGAGAAAUCAGUUCCCAUGAAGUCAGGGACAGAAAGGGACAUUGUGCUCCAGUGCAAAGAGGAGCCUGACCUGGGCUGUCAGAUUGAGGAUCUGCCUUUCAUGUCUACUACUGAGAUGUACCUCUGUUGCUGGAACCAACCUCCUCUCUCCCCUCUGCGUGAGACUUCCCCUAAAAAGGAGGAAGAGGUGGCCAGUGAGUGGACUCCUCAUGUAGUACAUGAUAUGCUGAUUGUUUUUCCAUCUUGGAGGGAAAAUCAUAUAGAGCCCUUGGAUGAGGACUCCUCCUUUAACCCGCCUGAGCCGCUGGACGACAAUGUGUUUUUGAAACGCCACGCGAAGCUCGAGUUGGAUGAGAAGAGGAGGAAAAGAUGGGACAUCCAGCGAAUCAGAGAGCAGCGUAUGUUUCAGCGUUUGCAGCAGCGCAUGAACAGAAAGAAAGUCGUGCCGGAGACUGAGCCAGAGCUUUCAUCCUUCUACCCCGACACUGAAGAUGUUGAAACUAUAGUGAUCACUCCCUUCUUGCCCGUGGUUGCAUUUGGCCGGCCGCUGCCCAAACUCUCACAACAGAACUUCGAGCUACCCUGGCUGGAUGACCGAAGCCGAUGUCGCAUCGAGGUGCCCAAAAAACACACGCCUCACCGGACCUGUCGGAAGUGAAACCCACGUGGCGCCCACGAGAUUCUCCGGUCUCAGCGUGUCCCCGCAGACUAGCUGAUCUCCUGCGGAAUAAUGUAGACGGAUGGGAGAUAGCUGCUCCAUUGGGUGUCUUUUUGGUCUCAUUUACACAUCUGAAAGGGAGAUAAAUGCCUGAUGCCACAAGAUUACAGUCCCUGUGUGAGCAGCUGUUGAAGAUUACACAUCAGUUUGUAUUGUUAAAAAAACCAACAGAGUUAUGUGCAUGUCCUGUAACAUGUUUAAAACCCAUUUUGCAGCAGCUGUGCCAUCCAAAGUUGAUUUUAACACACAAAAGUGGAGUUCCUGUCACUUUUUAUGCAGUCAGCUGACGGGAUAGAUUGGACACUAAUCUUGAGUGUAUUCAUGUGGGGCAUUUUGAAUGAAAAGUAGAAUUUGAACUACACGUCAUGAGCAAUAUGUUUGCAACUUUUUGUUCUGGGUAGUCCUACCACACUCCUCCUCUCUGCCUGAGUGGGGCAAAAAAAAAAAGAAGUCACAAUCUGACUGUAUCGUGCUGUGUAUUGCCUAUAUUGUUCGCACACAACUUCAAAUAAGAUUUUAUCAAUGUUAAGUGUGAUAUUGGGAGUUUUGAGCCACACUCAGCAUGGUUUCAUAUAUUAAUAAAUUGCGGUUCUUUCCAAUCUAAUGUAAGAAAAAAAAAUUAAGAAAAGCAACCAAAUGAUUGUUAGGUGUUCGUGGUUUGCUUUAUGAAAACAAUGGCACAGAAACUUAGACGGGUGGUAACCUUGGCUUGAGACCCAGUGUUCUGUACCCUGGUUUGUUUUUCUUUUUGUUUUUUAGUUGUUUUUUUUUUUAUGUGAGUUGCAUGAACUCUAUUUAGCCGUUUCAAAAGAUGGUAGCAUGGCAUAACCCCAGAAUGGAGAAUACUCUGCUCAUUUGGGCUACAAAAACUACAAGAUAUUAUUCUUGAAAGCAUGACUUUUGGCUGCUAUGUUCAGUGGGAACCGCUGCGUUCAGCCUCUUCAUAAAGGCUUAAUCCGAUAACAACGUACAGUUUUGAUCUUUCGUGUUUCCAAUCUUUACAAUACGCUUACAUCCAGUAAAUACUAGGCAAGUUAUGUGUACGCAUUGUUCUCUUCAAGGAUGCAGUUAACUGACAUUCAAGAGAACCAUUUUAGACGAUAAAUAAGCUUUCUAGCUGUAGUUCUAGCGAUGUUCACCAGUACGCUCUUUAACAUGCUGCCAGUUAAUCUCUCCCUUUCUGAGUUAAUCUCAGUUACAAUCGCAGCGUUUCAUUUCUGCCCGUGUUCUCUUCCUCGGUGCAUUUGUCCAACCUGUUUUUUACAUAUGAUGCAAUAUGGCUUUCUGCAGCUUCAACUGCCAGGUGUAUGUAUGUGUAGGCAGAUUUUGGGAAAUACAAAGUAAAUCUUUUUUUCUGUACAUAGCUUUCAGAAACAAAUGUACAUAAAACAUGCCUGUUAUUUUUUUAUUAUUUAAUGUUGGAAGUGUUGAGUACAUUCAAUAUUCUAUGAUUGUAUGUGGACAAAUUGACAGUUUUGAAAGUUAAAUUUUUUUGGAAUAAAAUUAACUUGUCUGAUA